UUUGCCCACAACCAUCGAACCUUGUAUAGCGAUUCCAUCACGGAUUGCAACCUGUGGAGGGACUACCUAUUUGUUCAUCUGCCGGUAUUAGUCGUCUGCUUGCUUGUAUUUGGGUGUUCAGUCCGUCAUUGUGCUAUUCUCGGAUUGACCCACAGUGGUGCCUCCUGUCAAACUGUCGCAAGUUCGCAACGUCAUCCACUCCAGCAGCUUCCGCCGGGAAAAGCCCCUCGGACACAACUUGAACACGCUCCUCGCCGUACAUAUAUCCGCUCACUGUAGCCGGCGCGAUGCAGCGACCAACCUUGAGGAACGAUUCCGGAAGAGUGCCACGCGCCUGUCAACGCUGCCGCCAACAGAAGCUGAAGUGCGAUAUUCGCCGCCCUUGCACACUCUGUAUCCGAGCAAAUGUAACCUGUGCCACUCCCGUCAAGCCAACGACGUGGAAAACCCACGAAGCCGGCCGACCAGCGAAGAAGGCUUGUCGUAGGAAUGAUUCAGCAGAAGUCUCGGCGGCUCACGGGCGACCAUCCGAAGCCGUCUCCUCUGCGUCGUCAAUGUACCUGGACGAGGCUUUCCAGCAGCAUAACACGACCUCGCCAGAUGCCGCAGAAGUCUCGGCAUUUUCGGCCCCUCGCCAUGAUCUGGAAGACGGUACAUCUCAAAGCUCAGCAUCGGACACGUCUGGGGGACAGCGCCGAGGUCAGACGCAUGCUGCCAACAAUAACGCUACAAGACAGGGGAUGCUGUCCGCUUUGCCCGCCCGCGACAUCGCUACUAUGCUCGUGAACAACUACUUUGACCGGAUCCACUGGUUCGUGCUUGUGUUCCACCAGAGCGACUUUCGACUCCAAGCUCAGCAACUGUACGAUGAGACCAGAACGGCGUCUCAAUGUCGAAGCAUCCCAACGGCUUUCUUGGGUGUUUACCUCGCCGUCUGUAUUCUUAGCCUGAGCUACCUGGAUCCCAGUCAGACGGCGACGCUGUCACGUCUUGGCGAAGAAACUGUUUCGCUUCAGGAGCGCCUGCUUGGACCGCUACGUGCAGGACUUCUGGACAUCGCGGCUGAGGGCUCGUUAGAGGCGGUCCAAACUUGCGUCCUCCUAGGCAGCUACUAUCUAUACCAUGGACAGCCUCAGCUAGCUUGGCCUGUCUGCGGGUGGGCUCUGCGUAUCGCUCAGGCAUUAAAAUUGCAUCGCAGAUCGAGCCAGCAAACAGUGGCAGUUCCCAACCUGGACGACCCCAAGCAACGCGCAGAGGAAUCGAGGAAGCGAUGCUGGUGGGCUGUAUACGAGAUCGAAACCUUCUGCUCUAUGCUGUAUGGCUACCCGCUGAGUAUCAACGACGACGAUUGCGAUAUCGAGCUGCUCCACCAAUAUCCUGUCAGAUCCGCAGACCCGACGUGGGAUGCAAAUGAGCGGCGUAUCACGGGCCAGGCAACCUUGCUUUCGUACAAGGUCGCCAUAGUACAACUAUCCAUCAUCGUGCGGACGGCAUUACUGAAGCUGUAUAGCCUGGGUGACCGAAGUCGUCCACAGAAACCAGCUCGCCGCACAAACACCUCGGAUCGCAUGCGCACACUGGUCGAAAGUGUAGCCGUUCUCGACCGGAAGCUAGAUGCAUGGCGUUCGGAGCUUCCUCAGCAGCUACAUUUGGACCAAAUGCCAGUGGGUGCGGUGGCGCCUUGCAGAGACUAUCUUGCUGGCGCCGCCGGGCCAUGUUCAAGAGCAUGCUUCCACUACCUUUUCCCCCUACAGACACUCUCUCUGAAGCUUGCUUUCGAGAACGCAAGGAUCCUCAUUCACAGACCUUUAUUGAAAUAUAGGUUAGCACUGCCAGACAGUCAUCAGGCUAACGCGCCUCCUCCGCCAGACUUUUCAGACCCGUGCCAAGCCUCCGUCCGAGCAUGCCAGGCUGCUGCAUUACAGAUCUCCGACAUUUGCUCCCUGCCUCUUGUGCACGACGCCGGAGCUACGUAUGCUGUCGCGUUUAUCUGCCUGCAUCUUCUGACGGCUGCCAUCACACUGUCCAUCUUAGCUAGCCUCAAUACGAUGAGCCAAGCAUCCCAUGACUGUAAAAUGGGACUUCGACGGUUGAUGGAGAUGCAGUCCCGACUCACCGGCAAGAGCAUCGUCACUUCACAAGGCCUGAUUGUCUCGAAGAGACUGAUGUCACUUGUGUUGCAGAAGGAGAGGGAUGAGAUGUUGAACGUGCCGCUUCUUCCAGACCCGCCGCGUGUUGAGAUCGAGGCUAGACAGGAGGUUGCCGCAGCCUCUCGUGCGUCUGCUGGGUGCGACGAACACGACGCGCCACAGAGUGGCUCCUCUUGUGCUUCAGCAUUGAUGCAAAGAGGUCAAGCACAAGCGGUAGAUAUGCUCGUAACGCAGGACCCCCUUGUUACGCCCGAGGAUCCCUAUCUCGGCUUCUACGAAGAUCUUGCAACCACGCAGGCACUCUUUGAUUUUGAACAGGCUUUUCUUGAAUCGCACAGCGAAUCUGUCACCGAUGGGCGUGUAGUUGCUGGCAGUCUUGGACAGCAAACUAGCGGUUCGCAGGACUAUAGCUGGAUAUGGAGCUCGAAUGUCGAUCCGGCCUUGUCAUGGCACUAGGGCCUAGCAACUGAGCUGAUGCAAGCACGAUGGAAGGCUAUCAUCAGUGGUUGCUUAUUCUUUUGCAUACAAGCGAGCGCGCUGUUUUACCCACAGCAAAAGCUCAUAGUAGCAGACUCUGAGCAUAACAACCACUUACGACCAUACCCAUUGGAAGACCCGGGAUCCCGCCCGCUCUCGCAUGAAUAAGCCAGUGAGGGACACAAGCUACGUGAGGGUCAGCUUAUGUCUGGGAGUUGAAAGGAUAUA